ACGUCCUCGGCGAGAUCAUCCUGCAGCUCCAGCGGCGCGGGGCGAUGGAGACGGAGAGGAACGAGCACGUGCUAGCCAUGCAGGAGGCCAUGCGCAUCCUCGGCCUUCCCCCGAGCCUGCAGGUGCGCAUCAACACCUACAACACGUACGAGCGACUGCACCGCAGCGCGCGGCUGUUCGACUCGUUCUUCACCGACCUGUCGCCGCAGCUCAAGUUCGAGUUGCAGCUGCACCUCUACCUGGACGUGGUGGUGCAUACCGGGCUCUUCCGGAACAUGCGCCCAAGGGUGCUCGGGGUUGGGGUCUUAUGUUCGGAAGGACCUCAUCUUCCUGCCCGGGGACUGGAUCUGUCGGUACGGCGAUUAUGGGGACUCCAUAUGGCUCCCGCGGAUUUCAUGGUCACCGGGCAGAGCACGGUGAUCGCCAAGGACACCGUGUCGGAGAUCAAGACGCUCGAGCGCGGAGCGAGCUUCGGUGAGGUCGCCUUGCUCACUGGCGUUCCGCGCACGGCGUACGUGCGCGCGAACACUUUUUGCAUCACGGCGCACCUCACCAAGGAGGGUUUCGAGCCCAUCGUGCACAAGUGGCCCGAAGAGAUCGAUGUGCUUCUCAGCGGGAUCGAGGCGGAGGCCGACCGGCAGAAGAUCAAGGAGGAGGCCACGAAGCAUUACAGGCUCGGCGGUCGCCGGCGCUCCUCGCUGAGCAGCUUCGGCGUGCCCUCGCCGCCGUCGGGUGCCCACCGCGGCGCGGGGCGGCUCUCGGUGGGCUCAGGACCCGGGCGGCGACCACGCGGGCGGCGGGCCCCUUGGCGCGCCGGCGAGCCUGCCUGGCGGCCUCGACGCCGCCCGCCGCUGGGCCGGCGAGGGGCCGCGGCGCCGCUCGUCCUCGUCGGCAAGCCUGGGGGCGCUGGAGGAGAGCCCCUCUCGCCACUCUCGCCGCUCGCGCCGGCCUCUCCAGCCUCGCCGCCGGCGCCCGCCUGGCGCGAUCCGCUGCCGCCCACCACCAGGCCCAGGAGUGAAACAAAGGCACGGACGCAAACAAACGCUGAACGGGUAUAGCCAGGACCCCGGUUAAGGGAAGCCGGUUAGUGAUU